AGUCAGUAAGAAUGUCCACAUUCAGCUUUGCUACUGUCAUUGUUGCAUUUGUAGUCAGUGUUUAUGGACAUGAUUGUACAAAAUACAGCCUCACACCAUCAGACCAGUCUAUUAUUGAUAUGAUGAAGCAUUACUUGCAUACCUCACGGAAGGCGGACUGUCCUGUAACACCUUCACAACAGGAUAUUGGUGUGACAUAUGUCAGAUGGGGAAAGAAAAAUUGUCCUGAACAUUCGGACAUUGUGUAUACAGGGCAGGCUGGAGGUAACUAUUAUACUAACAAAGGAGGUGGUUCCAACUAUCUCUGUUUACCCAGUAAUCCUGAAAAUGGAAAAGCAUACUCCUAUGCCAAUAAUAUCCUAUAUGGUGCCGAGUAUGAGAUACAUUCCAGCACUAAGCCAUCCGGUUUGCCAGCUAGUUUGGGUGAAAAAGAGGUUCCAUGUGCAGUAUGCAGGAGGAAAGGGAAAGUUUCUGUGUUAAUGAUACCAGGAAAAAAGUCCUGUUACAAAGGAUGGCAAUCCGAGUACAAUGGCUUUUUGAUGAGUGAAAAUAUAGGACAUAACAUUAAAGAAUAUAUAUGUAUGGACGGAGAGGCGGAACCAUUGGACAAUCGGUCUUCGAACGAACAAGGUGCUUUGUUUUAUCCUAUCAGAGCGAAAUGUGGUAGUCUGAGAUGUCCCCCAUACAAAGAUAACACUGAAGUUCUUUGUACAGUUUGUACUAAAUAAAAAUAA